GCCUUUAGAGUCGCCACCGCCGCCGGCGCUGGUAAGCUUUUCAAGAUGUCCAACAAAGAAUCUUGUGGGAAAAAAGAGAAGUCUCAGAGAAAAGCCACCACUUCAUUACCCAGCUUUGAUGAAGAAGACAAGGAAGAGAAAAACACCUCAGCAAGUUUAACUAGCUCAGCUCACUCUUUUAGAUCGGUUUCAUCAGAGAAGAGAAAACUGAAAUCAGAUCAUACAGACAUUCCAUAUUGUAAUACAAAAAGAAGACAAGAGCUGAAAAGAUUGAAUACAGAAAUUGACACUCCCAGAAAGAGACCCAAAAGCAGCUCUUCAUUCCAAGGAUCUAUUAAACUCCAAGAAGCAACAUAUUCAAAGGAUAAUCACAUUAUUUCACAGAGUACUUCCUCAAAUGGAACUAAAAAAGAUAGGAGUAAAUGUGUAGAUUUUAAACUUAACGAUAUUAAAUUGGCAAAUGUUAGGAGUAAGCAUGACCAUGUAAUUAAAAACCUUAGCAAUCCUAAGACUGCCAAAGAUGUGAAACCUGAAGCUGAAGGCCAGGCAAGUGAAAAGAAAUGGCCUCAGUUACUUGCUCAGUGGGAGAAGGUGAAAGAACUCAAGAAAGAAAAGAAAAAUAAAUUUAGAAACCGUUCUGAAAAAUGCAUCUCAGAGAACUGCAAGGGAAAUCAAUUUUCACAAGAUUAUAAUCCCAACAAGAUAAUUCAGAAACGCUUUGAAUCUAGAAGAAGGAAGAUCAAUUUCAAAAUCCCAGUAAAAUCCAAUGAUACCCUCCAGAAGGUUGGAGAUGAAAAUGUCUUCAGUUUAGAUUCUAACAAGUCAAAGACUAAGCAGAAGGGAAAAGAAUGCCUGGAAAGCUCCCAGUUUUCAUUAAAUUUGACGAGGCAUAAAACUGAACAUUUAUUUUCAGAUUCUGCAUGUAAACAGACUGUUCAUGAGUGGAAAGUGAAAUAUGAUUAUGAGCAUCAAGAAAGUAAUGGUUCAAGUUCUAGUAAAAACCUAACCCAGAGUUUUGAAGCACCAUGUUCUUCGGUGUCACCUGAAGAUAUUCAAGAUACAGAUCAAGAGAUGCAGAUAGUAGAAGAGCUUCAUGCUGCACGUGUGGGAAAAAGUAUGGAUUUACCUGUGGUUCCAUCUUCUGGAGAGUUAAUGAGUAUGGAAAUUGAUUUGGUGGAAGAUGAUGUACAUUCUUCUGCUGCAAAUACUGCCUCAGAGAAAAAGCUUCUAAUUGUUAUUGACACAAAUAUACUGAUGAGUCAUCUCAAAUUUGUUAGAAAUUUGAAGACAAAAGAAAUACCAGGCUUUUACAGACUUGUAUUAAUAGUUCCCUGGGUUGUUGUACAAGAGCUAGAUCAUAUGAAAGCAGGAAAACUACUAAAAUGUGCCCAGCACAAAGCUAUACCUGCAGUUCAUUUUAUCAACGACAGUCUCAAAGACGAAGAUAGAAAGCUAUGGGGUCAGUCAAUACAACUCGCCUCUCAAAAACUUUAUGGAUUGAGUGAUGAGAACAAUGAUGAUCGAGUAUUAAAAUGCUGUCUUCAGUACCAGGAAUUAUUCCCUUGUUCUCUUGUUAUUCUGUGCACGGAUGAUAGAAAUUUAAGAAACAAAGGCCUAAUAAGUGGUGUGAAGUCACUCAGUAAAGAAGAAUUGAGUGCAGAAUUAUUAAACUUAUCUCUGAACACAGAUGUGUGUCAUCAGCCUUGUAUUUCUAAGCAACAUUUGNUUAAAGAAGCAACAUGCCUGGAAGAGAACUAUGAGGAAGAAUCUACAAAUUCUGGAUUGUCCAUUCCACUUGAUAGCAUCAUAUCUGAUCUUGAAAAAUCUCUUGGAACAGCUUUAUCUUCAAUAUUAGAAACAGAAAUGAAAAUUGCUUUUGGAAACCUCUGGAUGGAGAUGCUGUAUUUGAAACCACCAUGGACUGUAAUACAUUUAUUACAGUGUUUUAGAAAACAUUGGUUGGCUGUAUUUGGAUUAGUUAUGGAAAAGGACUUGCUUUUAACUAUUGAGAGCCUAUAUGAAAAUCUCUGUAAAGCUAAUAAUGCAGCGGAUUUUCUAACAGUGAAUUUCCUGCUUCAGGAUUCUAAAAGUUUGUUACAUGCUUUUAGCACAAGGUCAAAUUAUGAUGGUACUCUUCCACAGGCCUUUGCUCAAGUAAACAAACUGCUCCAGACGUUUAUGGAG